GCUAUCUGUUCGUCGCGUGAUCAAUGCGGUGUAUAAGUUCUUUACUCGAUUAUUUAUAAGAACCAGCAGGCAUCUCGUAGGUAUCGCAAGCACAGGAUUUGAAACGGUGAAAGGGGAAGAAAACGAGUUUAUGAGGAGACCGUGAAGGCAACAUCCACCUGCCGCUCGAGCUCCCGGUAAACGGAUUUCUUCUGGAAACGGCGGAUCAUUCCUGUUUCGCCGAGCUGAGAAACAAACUCAUGUCGUGCUGACAAGUUAAACAAAUGUUGUUGUUGGUUUUUCCCGAAGUCAAGUUUCCCGCGACACAGCUGGCGCUACUUAACCCGCUUUGUGUCAGCGGGUUCCCGUUAACCAGGGAACCCAGGAUUAACUAACCCAACCGGGCUAACGGCAGCGGAGGUGAAGUUACCGGUAACCGUCAGCUUGUCUCGCUCGUCGGGUUCAUCGCUUUUCCAGACUGACAGUCUUCUUGACAAGUAUAGAGGCCCGAGUUGUUCAGAUUUAACCUGUCCCGAUGUCUGGUCCAGAGGAGGAGCAGAGGGCGUCAGGAGAAGGUGCAGACCCCCAAGAGAACAGAGGAGGUAUCAGGUAUAUAACAGAGAAGCUGUUGUUGAAGCUGACUGGUUGUCAGUCUCUGGCUCUGGUCCGUUCUCUGAAUCUGUCGUCCUCAACUGGAGACAAACAUAUCAAGUUCAUAGAGAACCUUCAUGGCUGUCAGCGUCUGCAGGUUUUAAACUUGAACCACAACGGGAUCCAGAGGAUGGAGAGACUGAACGCGCUGACACAGCUGAGAGAGCUGCAGCUGGCCCACAACAACAUCCAGAGGAUUGAGGGACUGGAGCUCAUGUCCAGUCUGCAGCAUCUGAACUUGUCCUUCAACAGGAUCGACCACGUCCCCGUGUGGCUGGGGAAGAAACUGCACUCACUGCGCACGCUCCACCUGCAACACAACCUCAUCGCAUCCCUGUACGAGGUGUCCAGACUGCGUUCUCUGAGUAGCCUAUCAGAGCUUUCCGUGUCAGGAAACCCCGCCUCCUCACUGCAGCACUCCCGCCUCUUCCUGCUCUACCACAUCAGGACUCUGGACAGGCUGGAUGACCUGCCAAUCACCCAGGAGGAGAGAGGACACGCCCACCAACGCUUCAACGCCGAGGAGCUGGAGCGUCUGCAGCAGGAGGUGGACGGCAGCCAAUCACAGCUGAGCAGGCUGCGGAGGGAGCAGCUGGCCGCAGUGACCCGACUCCACCAGCAGGAGGAGACAAACCGAACACUGACGGCUCAGACAGAAACACAACGACACGCACACACACUGCUGGAGCAAGAGCUGCACAUCAAGAGUCAGCUGCUGUUCUACAGAGCUGUUCUGUUUUCUUCUUCUCCUUCCGUCGUUUCCUCUCUGCUGAAGCCCCGCCCUCCCGUUUCUUUGCUGGGCGUGGUCUAUCAGUUGGAGAGGACAACAGCUGAGUUGACCAGAGCCUUUCACAGACUGUAUGAACUGGAGCAGGAGUUGACUUUCUACAAGAUAGAUGCCAAACUCAGCCCUCUGCACCUCUGCAGCGUACAGGAAGUCGACACUGUGGCUGAGAGCCCGUACUUCGGAAAGGCUCGAGACAUCAGGAACACCAUCACCUCCACUCCCCAACCUCAAACCUCCUGCUCCUCCUCCUCCUCCUCCUCCCUGCAGACCCAGGAGGGUUCAGACGUUCACACUGACAUGGAGUCGUCACGCCCCCUGCUGGAAGACUGCAGAACAGAGCAGCGUAAAGAACAGAGGAAAGUCUUGUGGAGAAUUCAGACAUCAAUCCCACUACCUCUGGCAUGCCAAGUGAGCACUCUACCAUUUGAACUAACUCCCCUGUGAGUUCCCAUUGUAAACUGACCUUAUUGUUCCAAACAGGGUUAGAGGGCUCUCUUGCGCCACGCUUCGCGUUUUUGUUUUUUUGUUGUUGCUUGAGCAGCCAGGCGAAUCUCUCUGGUGAGUUUAAUGCUGAUUACUAUGCCGAUAAAUAGGGUAACUUGCUAGUUAGCUGUUGGACUGUGAGAGAGCUAGGCUCAUCAGGCCCAUCAGCUGUUUUGGCAUUAUUGAAGCGGCUGCGCAUCUCUGUGUGAUCGCACCUCAAGGCAUUUGUUUUUUCUCAGUGCAUGUGGCAGUGUUUCAGCGAGGAUGAGAACAUUUCUGUGGGAGAAACUGACCUUGUCGUAAUGGAUCACAUUAUAUUGUUGACAUGUAAAGAUGGCAGACUAAACUAAACUCUCCUGCGACGAGGAUGGGAUUCGAACCCACGCGUGCAGAGCACAAUGGAUUAGCAGUCCAUCGCCUUAACCACUCGGCCACCUCGUCUGUUGUCGCCUGCGGUUUACGGUAAACGUCCGAUCCAGGUCACUUUGCAGGGUGUUUUGCGUAGGCCUGGAAAGUCUGGAAAGGCAUGGCGUGGAGGCGGGGGGACUGGGCGCGUUAAGCACUUGUCUUUCUUCACA